AAAACAACCUCUCUUCAUUUUCGUGUCUCUUCUUGUUCUGUUCCAAAACUAGACAAAUACUAAUGGGAGGAAACAGAUCAAAAAGUAGCAAGAGGUUCUCUCUCUUCAGCUUCUUUAAAACACGAAGAUCUCACAGAGUGGAAGUAGACGCCUCUUGGGACGACGUCGUUUACACUCGCAAAGUAAUGGCUAGUGACGAGGACAAACGUUAUUGGGUGGCUGAACCUGGUAUCGACCGCAAAGCUUCUGCCUUCAUCGCCAAGUUUCAUGCCACUCGUGUCUCUGAGUCUGAGCGCCAAACUCUCUCUCCUUACCAAUCCGAGAAGGCAUGCUGAUGAAUGAUGAUGAUCAAAGGUUGAUUUGAUUCUAUGUAGAUUGUUUUCUAUUUAUUUGAUUUGUCCUUUAUUAUGAGGGUGUAUUGAUUGUGUCUUAAUUGUAGUUAAUAAUGGAUCCUUUUUGGGGGUAAAAUAUUAAU